AUGCCCUGGCAAAGGAGAGUCACACUGACCAGUGCAGUGUCCAGCAGCCUUGAACACAACCCUUCUCUGCAGACAGGGGUAGAGAUAGAGAGGAAGGCAACUCGAGUGCUGCCAGUCCUGUCUGGUCCCCUCACACUCUCUCAGAUGAAGUACACAAAGAACACAGACCAUACGAAAUCCCCAGCAGCCCUGAUUAGGCAUCUGCAUUCAUAUGGGCUUUUGGAUAGAGCCACAGAUGGAGACGGAGAGACCUUUGAGGAGGUGGACGACGAGGUGGCAGAGGUCGAGGAGCCAGAGGUCAAGGUGAAGGGGCAGGAGAAGAGAUCGUCUGAGGAGGGAGGGAAGCCCACAUUUGCUGACAUUGAUUGGCCACCAGAGGGAGUCGAAGUGGACUCUGUGGAGUACUACCGCAGACUGAAGGACCUGCCCUGGAGCCUCCCUGCCCUGGAGCAGGCGCUAUACCUCAGCCUGCCUGCGUGGCUACAGGCAGCUUUGCUUUGUAACCUUUUGGGGCAUGUGGUCAAAUCUGAUGUGCCAGGCUUUUCCUUCCCAGUGCGCAUGAUGUCCUACCUCCUUCUCCCCUACACUUUACCAGCCUCUGCCAUCUUUCAGCUCAACUACAGAUUCAUGCGCUUGGCAUAUUGGGAUAAAACCAAUUUGCUGAAGUGUUUCAAAGGAGUCCAAGAGAGUGUCCAUUGGAAGAGGUGGAACAGAAAAGUCCAGGAGAAAGCCCAUUGGCUGAGCUGGAUCGGAGGACUACAGGAUAAAUCCCAUUGGCCAACGUGGGUCACAGGGCUCCAGGAGAAAGCUCAUUUGCUGUGGUGGGACGUGAGGCAGGUUGUGCGGCUUCUCGUCAGAGUCUCUGUUUCCAGUCUAAAGACAAUGCUCCCUGGCAGGUUGCCGUCUCUUCCAUUUCCUUUACUGCAUUUUCCAGCUGUGAGCCUCCAGUGGCUCCAAUCCAUCCCUCUCCCCUCCAUCCCUCUUCCCUCCAUCCCUCUUCCCUUCAUCCCUUUCCCGUCUCUGUGCUCCCUUACUUUCUUUGCUCCUUCUCUCUUGCUGCGGAUUCUCCCCUUACGGUUCCUCAGUUUUGGAUCAGCGCCACAGACAGAACCCGGCCCUGCGAGGGGCACCAUCCAAAGAAAGCGGCACUCCGUGCUGCGGUUCCACCUCUCCACCACCUCCAGCGCCUCCAACCUGGACCCCCUGGGCCCUUCCUCAGACACCCCCUGCCCCCCAGAGCCCCCCCGGGCCUUCUCCCUCCUCAUCAACCUGCAGCUGGAGGUGGAUGAACAGCCAGAGUUCUACCCUGUUCUGCCUCAGCUGCCAGCCCCCCUGGAGGUCCAGCUCAGUCCAGAGGAGGUGGAGGAUGAAGGCCUCUGCUCCCCCCAUAUCUCCUUCCUGGGCGUCAGAGAGGAGGAUGUGAGAGAUGAGGACAGUGAUGUGGAGGACUCUGGGACAUCUGGGAUAGCUCCUCUUCAUAGUCCUCCCAUAAUGACCUUUGCCAGUAAACAGUCUCCGAAUAGCAUUCAAUUACAUGCAUUAAAUAUCACUGAAUAAGUAUUGAGUGCUGGUAUGUCUAGAACUAAGAGAUAAUAAACAUCCCUCUGACUUAACUGGAA